CUUGUUGCGUUGGGUCCCGGCCCGCCCGCAUCCCGAACAUCAUGGUCGUAAAUAACUUCGGCUGCUCACAUCCUCCAUCGAUCACCUGAUCCGUCUCCAGCCCGUUGACAUUGAAAGAAGCCUGCACAGCCACUUACGCAUUUCGUCGAACACCUGAUCCACCAUCAUCGAACGAGCUCGUCUUGUCCUCGGUCCCGCCAGCCACCCCUUGCCCGCGUGACGCAGCGCCAGCCAGCAGCUACUUGUCGCGCUUCUAAGCCCCCCUCGUGCCACUAAGCAUCAUUCCCUGCCCUACCGCUCCUCCGUCGUCAAGCCAGAACUGCAAAUCAUCCGGUCGCUGAUCUGUGGGAAAACAAGAACAAUCAGAUGCGCCGGUUGGAGCCUCCUUUCCGGUUCCCCAAGUCCAUCGCGUCUAGUUACUUGACCCUCCGCCGGAACCACCAUCAGCACGACCUCGAGAAUGUCGGGUCGAUGGCCUCCCGGCUCAAGACCCGGUCCGUGAUCAGGUUCAGCGGACCGGACACGAUCAAGUUCCUCCAGGGCCUAUUGACCAACGACGUGCGGCGGUUCGGUGAAACCCCCGGCGAGGAGACUUCGCACCUGCCCACGCCCAACAUGCCCCUGCACGCGGUCCCUCCGAUGUAUGCUGCUCUGUUGACUCCUCAGGGGCGGUUCUUGUAUGACCUGUUUCUGUACAGACCCCCAAGGCCUGAAGAGAAGUUCGACAAGACCGGGGCCGGACCCGGGGCCGGUGACGGGGAGCUCGAGCUGCUUGCGGACGUCGAUGCGCAGGUCUUGGACGAGGUUGUGCAAACAUUCAAAAGAUACCGAUUGAGGGCAAAAGUAGAUAUUGAAAAUGUGGCCCAAGAUUUUUCUUCUUGGCAGCGUUAUGGUGGUAACUUCUCUCGCAAGUCCUCAACAGAAGAGGAGCCAGAUGCUGCUAGUGUUGGCUGGGGUGCUGGUGUUGACAAAUCCGCUAUGUCUGCUUCACAGGGAAAUAAAAGCGGGUGGCAGUGGUUCAAAGAUCCUAGAUUAGACUCUCUGGGUUAUAGAGGCAUAUUUCCGUCUUCUUCAGAACCUCCUUUGGUUGAAGAAGACAAAAAAACAGAUGAAAAAAAUUAUCUUCUUUGGAGACUAGAGAAGGGCGUGGCAGAGGGCUCAACAGAGAUUCCCAAAGGAGAGGCAAUUCCACUGGAAUACAAUCUAGAAGGUCUUAAUGCGAUAAGUUUCGACAAGGGUUGCUAUGUUGGGCAGGAAUUGAUUGCUCGAACCCAUCACCGAGGUGUCAUCCGCAAGCGUUUGCUGCCUCUGAAGUUCCUCGACAGUGAAGGAAAAGAAGCAGAGCAGAAAGUCGCUCCUGGAUCAGAAAUCCUGGAUGCUGCUUCCGGCAAGAGAAUCGGAACAGUCACCACCGUGCUGGGAUGUCGAGGUCUCGGUCUUCUAAGGUUGGAAGAAGCUCUCAAAAAGUCCAGCUCGCUCACCAUACUCGGGCAAGAGGAUCUCAAGGCUCAGGCAGUAAAACCAGAUUGGUGGCCUCCAGAAUGGUUUCAAGAGCAACGACAGCACAGUGCAGCUGCUUAACACCGUCGUGCUAACCACUCACGCUCUUCACCUCUUCGUUGGCAAAAACCGUCCCUUUCGAAGCUGUUUUUGUUAGAUCGGGAAAAGAUCUGUCUGACCAAUGUGUAUCAAUAGUUGUCGAAAUCGUGAUUCAACCCACGGAUUCCGAGUUAAGAAUAACUGCAAGGGAAGUAGCAAUUUUCAAUCUUUUCAAGAGAAACAUCGAAGCCAAAAGCCUAUAAAAACUUCAUGAAGCCAGCAAGAUGUUUUGCGUCUUUAA